AUGAGCUACUACGUGUGGGGUGACGAAUCCGAUGAAGAGCUAGAGCUAGAAAGCUCUGGAGAUAUCUGUCUUCUUCAAAGAUACCGAUACUCUACAUUCGCCAAUAGAGACACUCUACCCUCUUACCCUACCGACCUAAAGGGGCUAUUGCAGACAGAAGUUGCACUUCGAGAGAAUACUCAACGCGAGAUAGCCUUAAAGGAGAAAAUAGAGGAACUCGCUAAGGAAGACACCUACGCGACUGUCGUUCAAGACUUACAGGGGGAACUGUCGACACUAUCGAAGGAAUAUUGGACCUUAGAACGACGUCUUCGUAUUGCGACGGUCCGCUGGCUAGAGGUAUCGAUUUCUGGCGUUCACAGCCAAAAUGGUAUAUGCAUCGAGUACUUGUGGAAGAUUGCGUUGGGAGAGGAGGCUGUUGUGGUAGAGACUGUGGAUGCUGUUCUCAUCGCCAGUCAGAACGGAAAUUUGCAGUUGGUCAUUGCACCGUGGAGUGUUCUUGUUGCGAGAGAGCCCGGGGGUUUGCACUCGACCCUGAGCAGAAAUCCCAACUCCGCGAGACCUUCAAACUUGAUUGCAACCGUCCACGUGCGUGGUAUUACGAUCGAAUGA